UUUCAAGGGACGACGGACAGGUGAAGAAAGGGAUGGUCUAGUAACGGAAGAGGUGUGGGGUGGCUGAAAGCAGUUGCAGGAGAGAAGUGACUGAUCAUAGGUCAGUCGACAUAGCUGGUGUUUAGAAUGGAUGCGCAGCUAGUAUGAGGCUCGGAGGGAUGUUUAUUGCCUAUCUAUCCCUAUCCUCUGUGUCUCUGAAGCGUUCAAGUAGGGUCUCCCAGUCCUCCUGUUGGGCAGCGAAGGACAGGGGCAAAGGCAAAAGGCGCAGACAAACGACAAAUCAGACUGAAAGACUGGGGGGUGGAUAUCGAAUCGAAUCUGGUCGACAAAUUUGGUUGCGGCCAGAGAGAGACACGGUAAGUGAAAGGAUGCUUGCUGCUGGGAUUCCAGUUGAGAGUGAAAGUGACGAGUGAAAGUGACAAGUGACGACACAAAAACAAUCGAAUCGGGGAUAAGCUCAGGAAGCUCUGCAGCUGGAAGGCUUUCUGCCUUCAGCCUUCAAUCAAUCGAUUCGAGCUCAUCCCAAAU